UACACAAAAGGUUGCCGCGGUCGCCAUGUUGCUGAAUGAAAUUAGCUCCAAAACAUUGACUAGCCGUUAGCAAUAUCGAUAUUUUAUUUUUUCGUGAAAUAACAUUUGUUACAGCAUGUGACUUAUUGUAAAUAUGACUUAGGAUUUAUGAAACUACUACAGAAGCCCCAUUCCCUAUUAUUGUGUUUAGACAUAGUAACAGUGUCACGCAAUGCACCAUGGAAGUGGAUCACAGAAUAUGCAACGACAGCUUCAGAGAUCCAAGUCUGCUAGUGGGGCUGAAGCAGAGGAGCCCACCAUGGCAGUCACACAGCAGCAAGCUACAGUUAACCACCCUCAAUCUCCUGUGACCACCUUUUCCACUGCUGCCAGCCCCUCAGCCCCACAGUCGCCCAAUUAUCAGAUAAUCAUGAGUCGUAGCCCAGUCACGGGCCAGAACAUGAAUAUCACAUUACAAAAUGUGGGACAGAUGGUGACAGGUAACCAGCAGAUCACCCUAACCCCACUUCCCAUCCAGAACCCAGCAUCACCUGGCUUCCAGCAUACGACACCUCAGUGGAGGUUUGAGCAUGCUCCAUCUUCCUACAUCCAGGUCACCUCACCUUUGCCCCAGCCCAUGCAGCCCCAAAGUCCUACCCAGCACAGCCCGGUCCCUCUGCAAGGUGUGACAAGGCCAGGAGCACCUGGAACAGCAUUGGGCGUGUGUGGACAGAGUCCAACACGAUUUGUUGAAGCUGGUAUGUUAGUGCGGCAAAUCAGUUUAAGCAGUCCAUCGGGAAGUGGCCACUUUGUUUACCAGGAAGGGACUGGACUGGCCCAGAUUGCCCCAGCCACACCUGGCCAGAUACAGCUGGCCUCUCCAGGAGCACCAGGCUCUGUGAGGGAACGCCGGCUUUCUCAGCCUCACUCGCAGACUGGAGGCACCAUCCACCACCUCGGACCUCAAAGUCCUGUGGCCUCCGGUACUUCUCUCCCCACACUGGGCAGUCCUGUUCCCAUCACCACUUCUAACCUACCUCCACAGAUCAGCAGUAUCAUUCAAGGACAGCUGGCACGCCCUAUGAUGUUUGAUAAGACAUCGCAGGGUGUUGUCCCUGGAGUAGGAACCACAUUUAGUAUACCCUCCUCCAUUCAAGCGUCUAACCCAUCGCUCAUCAAUUCAAAUCAAGGGAUCUCCAACAAUCCUCUUGCACCCACCAGCAUGGCUGUGGCCACUAUAAAGAAGCAGUUUCCCAAGAAGUUAGAGGAAAUAGCUCCUUCAACUCCAGAGAUUGCCCAGCUGAGAAAGCUGUGUACGGAGCACCACUCCAAGAAGAUGGAGAGCCUGAAAGAAGUGUUCAAAGAAUACUUGAUUGAGCUUUUUUUUCUGCAGCACCUCCAAGGGAACAUGAUGGACUACGUAGCUUUUAAGAAGAAACCCUGUGUUCCUUUGUAUACUUACUUGAGACAGAACGACUUGGACCUCGACGAUGAAGAGGACGAAGAAGAACAGUCUGAGGUCAUUAAUGAUGAGGUGAAGGUUGGUACUGGAAAGGAUGGCCAGGCAGUGACACCAGUUGCCAUAGCAACACAGCUUCCUCCCAAUGUUUCUGCAGCUUUCUCUGUCCAGCAGCAGUUUCAGGGACACCAAGUGACUGCUGGCAGCAUGACAAACCCUGGAGACAUGGAUGCCUUUAAGAGGCAACAGGCUAUGUUGCAAGCAGGCGGGAUGCCGCCUACUCCUCAAGCGAUUCCAGGACAGAAGCAGAGCCAGCAACAAUACGACCCAUCCAAAGGACCCCCGGUGCAGAAUGCAGCCAGCCUGCACACCCCUCCUCCCCAGCUGCCUAGCAGAUUGCCCCACGGUGCCCUUCCGAUGGCAAGCAUGUCUAUGACACUCUCUCAGCAGGCUCAGUUAGUGGAGAACUCAGUUCAGUCUGGUGGUCAGCUCCAGGCACAGGUGAAGGUGCAGGCAGGUGGGCCUAUGAUGGCAACAAUAAACCCCCACACACAGCUCCAGGCCCAACUGCAGCAGCAAAUGCAGCCAGGUCUUCAUCUCCAGUUGCAGCCCCAGCAGCAACAAUCCCAGGCCAUACUACAGUCAGGACAAGCGACGGUGGCACUUGCUCGACCUGGUACAGAAUCAAACCAGCCAGUUCAGAGGAUUUUGACCAACUCAAUAUCCAUGACAUCCAUGUCUCCUGCUCCCCUCUCUGCUCCUAACUCUGUUCCAACCCCCCAUACGGCAAGUCCACUUCGGCCUCUUGGCUCUAACAUCAACCCGAGCACCCAGUCUAAACUGACUGGAACCAAUGGCUUAUCCGCAGUCAAAAUUGGUGGCUUUGGUCAAAGUGCGACCUUACAGUCCUCACAGGAGGGUUCUCAAGAUAAACAAAUUGAGCAGGCAAAACUGGAGAGUCAAGUGCAUCAGCGCAUCUCUGAGCUAAGAAAGGAGGGCCAGUGGUCAGCCAGUCGGCUGCCUAAGCUUGUGGAAGCCUCCCGUCCAAAGUCCCACUGGGACUACCUCCUGGAGGAGAUGCAGUGGAUGGCAGCUGACUUUGCUCAGGAGAGGAGAUGGAAAGAGGCUGCUGCGAAGAAGCUUGUUCGCACGUGUGCCCGUUACCAUCAAGAGCAGAAGAAAAGUGAAGAGAGGUCAAAGAAAGAAAGGGAAAUUCAUCUUCGUCACAUUGCCAGCACAAUUGCCCGAGAGGUGGAAUUCUUCUGGUCGAACAUCGAGCAGGUUGUUGAAAUUAAACUUCAGUUUGAAAUUUAUGAAAAGAAGCUCAAAGCUCUCGGCUUGCAAAAAGCAUCAGCCAAAGUAUCUGGUCAGUCAACAGGAGGAAAAGCUGAUAAAGAGGAGGUGGCAACUUCAGCUAAAAAAAGAAAAUCAAGUUCGUCCUUGGUUGAUGACCACGUCCAAGAUGAAGAGAGCACCAUAGAGGAACAGGAGGCUAUGGAAGGGGAAGCAGACCACAAAGCAGAGCUGGUUGACCUGGCCAAAGAUGCUGAAAUGCCUCUUGAUGCUUUGAAGAAGCAGUACGCUGGCGCCUACGUGGACAGCUUUGAGUGGCCUCAGCCUAGUCCUCACAGUGAUGAGGAUGACAUGGAAGAGAGAGAAGAAAGAGAGUGUCCUGCAGGCAGCCCACCUGAGGCAGUUUUGAUCGACUCCCUGCUUAGCGUGGAACAGUACCGUGGUGCUGAUAAAGCCUCUGACUCUGAUCGAAAGCCUGCCAGAGACAUAGCUGAAGUGGCUGCUGCCACAGAGCUCAUCCUGCCUAAGGGCAGCUUCAGGACCACUUCCUCAACCCGCAGCCCAGCUCCUUUUCUACUGCAUGGGUCGCUGCGAGAGUAUCAGCAAAUUGGUGUGGACUGGCUGGUAAACCUUCACAAGAAGCACCUCAAUGGCAUCCUUGCAGAUGAGACGGGCCUCGGAAAGACCGUGCAGACAGUGGCUUACAUGGCCCAAUUAGCUGGCCAAGAGGGCAUCUGGGGACCCCACCUUAUUGUAGUAAGGACAUGCAAGUUGCUAAAUUGGGAGGUGGAGUUCAAGCGCUGGUGUCCUGGCCUGAAGAUCCUCCUGUACCUUGGCAACAGAAGGGAGCGCAGAAAUAAGAGAAUGUGGUGGGGGGAAGCCAACAGCUUCCAUGUAUGUGUGACAUCCUACAAGCUGCUGAUGAAAGACCAGAGCCAUUUUCUAAGAAGAAGGUGGAGGCACCUGGUGCUAGACGAGGUGCAGCUCAUCAAGAGCAUGACUGAGAAACACUGGGAAACAAUCUUUGCUCUCAGAAGUGAGCAGAGGGUUCUCCUCAUCAACACUCCUCUACAGAAUACUCUAAAGGAGUUGUGGACCAUGAUCCACUUCCUUUUGCCAGGAAUCACCAGGUCCUACUCUGACUUUCCUGUUAAGGCAGGCACAGACCAGAACCAGGACUACUGCCACAAACUGGUCAUCCGCCUGCACCGGAUGAUUCAGCCUUUCAUCCUGAGGCGCUCUAAAAGGGACGUUGAGAAGCAGCUGCCCAAGAAGUACGAGCAUAUCCUAAAAUGCCGUCUCUCCACCAGACAGAAGAGCCUUUACGAAGAUAUCCUCACUCAACCGGGAGCUCAGGAGGCGCUGAAGACGGGUCAUUUUGUCAGCGUGCUUCAGGUCUUGAUGCAGUUGCAGCGAGUGUGUAACCACCCUGAGCUGGUGGCGCCCAGGGAGACCAGCAGCUCCUACUUCUGCUCCCCUCUGCAAUACAACGCCCCAUCACUGGUGCUGGGCGCUCUUAAGAAUGACUCAAGCGAGAUUGCAAACAUGUCCAUAUUUGAUCUGAUCAAUAACGAGAACAGACUGACUCGGUAUCAGACUGAAGAGGCAGUUCCCAAACUAAAGAUCACUCAGCAGCUCAUAGAGGAGAUCCACUCUGGUCCAGAACCACCGCCACGACCCAAGCCGUGUCCGAUAAAACCCAUGAGAUUGUUCCAACCAGUGCAGUAUGGGACAAAGCCAGAAGGUCGCCUGGCUGCCAUCACAAGUACACCAGGCCAGCGUCCUCCAACGAGCUCUCCCGUUACUACCACCUCUGUUUCCACCACCAACCAGACAGCCCAGACCAGGGGCAAGUCCCCCGUCACCACUGCAACUACUACAGCCACUUCUCACGCGGUUGGAACAGCUACUCAGAGAGCCCAGACUGCCCAUCCUGUCAGCAGCAGCAGCAACACUGUAGCCUCCUCUGGGAACAGUGGCAUUGGGCAGCAUGUGUUGGGGGCUGCCUCUGCGGCCUUGGGUCAGACCUUAGCUGGCACAGUUGUGGGAUCGAUAGCUCCCAUCAGCCAGCCUGCAUUACCACAGGUCCCAAGGCCAGCUCUAGCCCCCAGCCAUGCCAUCCAGCCAAGCUUACUGUCCCAGAGGCUGGUCCUUACAUCUCAGGCCCAGGCACGGUUGCCUAGUGGAGAUGUGGUGAAGAUUGCCCAGCUGGCCAACAUAGCAGGCAGUCAGAAUCGUAUCUCCCAGCCAGAGACUCCCGUCACUCUGCAGUUUCAGGGUAACAAGUUCACUUUGUCCCCCAGCCAGCUCCGCCAGCUCACCACCGGACAGCCCUUGCAGCUCCAAGGUACACUCGGCAACAUCCUGCAGAUUGUGUCAGCUCCAGGGCAGCAGAUCAUCAGGCCCCAGGGGUCCAUGGUAAUGCAAACAAUGCCACAAGCUGUCCCCGCCUCCAACGCCUCAGCUACACCUGGCACACCUCAUCCUGCCCUGUCCACAGCCCAACAAGCAUUAGGUGUAACUACAAAUGCCACAUCAGCCCCUACCAAGCUCACUACUGCUGCUCAUGCUGGUUCUCAGGAGUCUUCAGAAGAUAAGACUCAGCAGCUGAAGGAGCGUUUGAGCCGCCUGUUUGAAGCGAACGAGCGGCGCUGUAGCCGCAGAGUGCUGUAUGGGUCAGACCUGCUGCAAGCAUGCACUUUGAACACAGAGCCUGGUCACUCUGCCCUGACUGCUGGAGGCUGGAGGUGGGUGGGCAGAGAGAGCUGCCUCAGGGCCCAGAGAACCUGCGUGGCUACCACCUCUACACUGCAGUCCACUCUGCUCUCUGUGGAGGAUCGCCUGGAGGCUGCCAACAGCCUUAUCAAGAGGCUGGUUUGUGUGGUGCCUCCAACUGUAGCCCCGCCUCCUCACCUGUAUGCAGCCAAUCCCCCGGUUCCUUACAACCUUGAGCAGAAGUCCCUUCACCGUCGGCUACAAGAGGCCUCAGCCCCCCACAGUGCUGACAUCCACCAUUUGGCAUCCCGGCCUCUCCUCCGUUUUUCUGACCUGCCCCUAAUGCAGAUGGAUUCAGGUAAACUGGAAGCUCUUGCCAUUCUGCUGCAGAAGCUCAGGUCAGACAGCCGCCGUGUCCUCAUCUUUACUCAGAUGGUGAAGAUGCUGGACAUCCUGGAGGCCUUCCUAGAUUACAGGCAGCUCACAUACGUGCGGGUCGACGAAAGCUUCAGUCCUGACGAACGACAGGAGAAUAUGAAGAAGUUUAACAGGAACAGGAAGGUGUUCUGCAGCAUCCUGACCAACCGCUGCUGCUCUGCAGUUGGGACUUUGUUUGAUGCAGACACCAUCAUCUUCUACGACACAGACCUCAAUCCCAGCAUGGAUGCCCGCACCCAGGAGUGGUGUGACAAAAUAGGACGUUCCAAGGAUAUACACAUAUACAGGUUGGAGAGUGGAAACUCCAUUGAAGAGAAGCUGCUGAAGAAUGGCACCAAGGACCUGAUCAGAGAGGUGGCUGCCCAGGGGACUGACUACACCUUGGCUUUCCUCACACAACGGACAAUCCAGGAUCUGUUUGAGGUGGAGGCAGGCUCAGGGGAGAAGGUGGAGGAGUUUGUGGUUCUUCACCAGGAGCCAUCAGCCUCUGAGGCAAUCUCUCCCAGAGUGGCGAGACCCUACAUCCAGGCUCUCCACAGCAUAAACCUGGAUGCCCUGCCGGAGGAGGAGGAACAACAGGAAGAGGAUUUAGCAGGCAAAGAGUCAACAGAGGACAACCAGGAGUCAGAGAGCCAAGCUAAAGAAGAGCCUGCUCAGAAAGAGGAGCUGAACGCAGUCAUGGAACAGCUCACACCAAUCGAAAGGUACGCCCUGCAUUACCUGGAGUACCUCCACAUCAGUGAUGACGAAACUGCUCUCAAGGAGCGGUUGGAGUGCUCUAAGAGAGGCUGGGAGCUGCAACAGCUGCAGAAGCUGAAGGAGGAGGAGCAGCAGAUUAUGGAGGGAGACGAAGAUCUCUUCACCUACACCAGGGAGGAUGCCUACAACAUGGAGUAUGUGUUUGAUGCAGAGGACGGCCACACAGAAAUCAUGCCGCUUUGGACUCCUCCAACACCACCACAGGAUGACAAUGACAUUUACAUCGACUCUGUGAUGAUGCUGAUGUAUGACACAACCCCCAUGCCGGAGUCCAAGCUGCCUCCGGUCUACGUCCGCAAGGAGCAUAAGAGACUCAAGAUGGACCCCUCGGCAGCAGCCAGAAAGAAGAAGAAGGGCCACGGGGAGACGGUCAUUCCUCCACGCUCGCUUUUCGAGAAGGCCAGCAUGCUGAAAGUUCGGCGCGAGGGCAAGGACCAAAAAAAGAACUUCUCUCUCAAGCAGCAGGCGCCCUUUGCCAAGCCCCUGCCAUCGCUGGUUAAACCUGCCAUGGAGGCUGGCCAGGACAACCCAGAGUGGCUCAUCAGUGAGGACUGGGCUCUGCUUCAGGCUGUAAAGCAGCUUCUGGAGUUGCCUCUGAACCUGACAAUCGUGUCUCCUGCACACACUCCUAACUGGGAUCUGGUGAGCGAUGUGGUGAACUCCUGCAGCCGCAUCUACCGCUCUCCCAAACAGUGUCGCAACCGCUACGAGAAUGUCAUCAUUCCCAGAGAAGAGGGCAAGUUGGUGUAUGAGGCAAACCCCAAGAAGAAAACCAAGAGCAUAUACAAGUCUAAGAACAGCCGACCUCUAAGGACCUGUCAGAUCUACACACAGGAUGACAACGCCACUCACAUUCAGCUCUACAACAGCCGCUUUGAGCUCAUGAAGAUCAUUGCCAGCAAGAGGAGCCCACCAAUCAAACCACUGCUCGGCAUGAAUCCAUUCCAGAAGAAUCCCAAACAUGCCUCGGUUUUGGCAGAAAGUGGGAUCAGCUACGACAAGCCUCUCCCUCCCAUUCAGGUGGCAUCGCAGCGUGCUGAAAGGAUUACCAAGGAGAAAAAGGCCCUUGCAGAGCAGCAGAAGGCUCAGCAGUUGGUACAGCAGCAGCAGGCUGGAACUCCCCAGGCCCAGGCUGCAACCGGACUGGCGCAGACUCCUGCUGCUGGCCAGGCUCUGGUCCCUCAGACUGCCACAGUGGCCGGAGUUGCUGCUGUGCCUAAUACAGCUGUUCUGACUGGAGCCAUAAAAAAUGCCACUGUGGGCACAACCAUCCAGGCUGCCACUGUAGGGGGGAAUGUGAUUGUGAACACAGUAGCUGGAGUUCCUCCAAGUCCCUUCCAGGCCAACAAACGUCUGGCAUCUCCAGCCAUAACGGGCACCCUGUCUCCUGUGGGUGCAGCUGGAGCCCAGGUGGUCCACGCACAACAGAGGACCGUAACGACUGCUGCUGCCCCUGCCGAUGUGGUUGCCAUAGCUACGGGUCAGGGUGUUCGAGCCGUUACCCCAGUGACGGCAUCUGCGGUAGUUACGACUACUCUGAGCCCGGUGCCGUCACAGACUCGCCCGCUGGUCACUCAGGUCACACAAGCCGCGGGGAUGCAGUUGCCACAAGGAAAGCCUCUCACCCCCGCCCACCUGCAGAUGCUCCGGCAGCAGCACCAGCAGCAGCAGCAGCAGCAGCAACAGCAGGCUGCUUCUCCACAGAUCAAAGCUGUAGGCAAACCCCAGGAGUUGUUGAAGAUGCACAAGCAUAAGUUGCAGCUUCAGCAGCAACAGCAGCAGGUAGCUGCUGCAGUGGCCACCCAGGUGCAGCCUGCACAGGCUGCCCAAGCUAAUCCCCAGCUAGCGGCUGUGGCAGCACCCAGACCUGGAGCCGUGCUGACCGGCACCACUGUUGCCAACCUGCAGGUGGCCAGACUGACUCGAGUGCCCACUCAGGGCCAGAUUCAGACCCAGGCAGGACAGACGGCCCAGGUGACCCUCACCAAGCCUCCUGUUGUCUCUGUGCCGGCUGUGGUCUCAUCAGCGGGCGUCACUACACUGCCAGUCACUGUAGCAGGCAUCAGUGUGGCUAUUGGGCAGGCCCAGAAAACAGGCGGGCCUGUGCUGACGCCGGCCUUCCCCCAGAUGCAGGUCCAGCAGCUGCUUCAGAUGAAGAAGCAGCAGCAGCAGGCGGCAGCAGUCCAGGCAGCGGCCCAGCAGCAGAAGGCAGGACAGACGCAGCAAGGACAGACGACUGUACAGCAGAAGAUCGGCACCCAGCAGGUCACAGUGCAGGCUGCUCAGCCAGCCCAGCAGUCGCAGCAGAAGGUGACGUAUGCUACCACCCAACUGCAACCAGGAAUCAAGACCCAGUUCUUUACUACAAACAUCGCCCAGGUUCAGAAACCCACUGGAGCCCAACAAAUCCAGGUGGCUAAGCUCCCACAAAUAGUGCAGCAGCAGCCCACUGUGGCCAACAUCCAACAAAUUGUGUCUUCUUCUCAGCAGCACCCAGAGAUACUAUUCACAAACGAGGUGAAACGAGCAACAUGUGAUCUAUUUAUUAACAAAAGAAGUGACGACCAAUCAAAUCAACACCGAACAAAGUCUACCAGCAGAAGACUGAUGGGUCAAUCAACAUUCACACAAAGAAAUCCAGGCCCAGACUGUGACUCUGACCCAGGCCAACACGUCCUCUCCUGCUCAGGUGCAGAUGAUUCCGGCUGGGACGGCAACGGCGCAGGUGGUCCAGCAGAAGAUCCUCCAGCAGCAGCAGGUGGUGACUGCAGCCACCUCACCCCAGAUCCAGACGCCUCCUUCCCACAGCCCCGCCCAGCAGCCUGCACCCUCUGCUGCCGAGUCCACAGGGCAGCCCGCUCAGCCCCAACAGCCCACCAAGGGUCAAGCUCGCCAGGGCGGCAUCAGGGCCAAAACUCCUGCCAAGCCCGGCGGGGGGGUCAGCUAGGAUAUGCACACUAAACUGAAGCGGUUUCCCGCAGUACAGUGAAAGUGCUGAAGUUGUGCUGAAGCGCUCUUAUGGAUCCCACUGCAGCUCCUGCCAGAGACUUUGCAUCACAUUGUUAAUCACACCAAACCUUUACCUCACUUCAACCAUAUUAUAAGUGUGUUCAACAUAAUCAUUUCAGUGUUCAUACCUAAACUGUUUAGGAAGAUCAACUCCACAGCACUGCUGCCCAUACAUCUGGUGGGAUCCAUAAUGUUGCUGAACUGAGUCAACUUUGUUAGUUCUAUUCUUUCUUUGUGUCAUGAAAUGUGGAAGUUUCUUGACAUUUCCACGACGUUCCCCCACAACUACUGCCCGAUACAUCAAACGACAGACAGCAGUCAUGCCUACAAAUGAUGAUUAUAUUAUUACUCAAGAGAUAUCUGAGGCUUAUGGGUAAUGAGCUGUCCAUUAGAAUAAGUGUAUUCAUAAAUAGUCCCUUUUAUGUCUAAUUCCCUUGUUGUCUAUAGAUACUGAAUGGAGAAUAAUGCACGUUCCUUUAGUCAUUUGUUUUUUAUUGCAGCAAAUACACUGUAAACAUGUACUUUAGUAUUUUGUGUUUUCUCAUAAAUUGUCUUUUUUUAUUGAUGUCAAGGAAAAAAAAACUGUAAAUAUCAAUGAAAAACAUUUGUACUUGUAAAGUAGUCGUGUUUUCAUUGGGUUUUUUCAGCCUAAUUGUAAUAAAGUGUUUUGUUUUUAUAUACAAAUUCAUCUUUUUUCCUUUCAUUUUUUUUCAUUAAAUCCGUUGUAAGUA